AUGAUGAGGUCUCGUGUGGUGUCCUCCCUCAUUGUGGACAGAAUUCGUGCAAAACCAGAGCUGAAGCCAGUUGAGAUUAUACACGAGUUCAAAGAUUAUUAUGGUAUAGACAUUUCAUACUACCACGCAUGGUUUGGCAAAGAGUUAGCUAAAUUGGACGUUCACGGUGAUGAGUCGAAGUCCUUCAACGAGUUAGUGUGGUAUGCGGACGCCGUAAAGGAAACUAACACUGAGCAAGUACAAGGUUUUUUGUGUCUUGCUGGAUUUCAAUAUUGCAUACCCUUGUUGUUCAUUGAUGCUACGUUUUUGAAGAGCAAGUACAAGGGGCAGCUUCUCUGUGCUUCGGGAAAGAAUGGAAAUCAAGGGUUUUAUCCUCUAGCUUUUGGAGUUGUUGAUUCUGAGACAGAGGAGAAUUGGACUUGGUUUCUUCAACAUUUGGCUUCUAUAUUGCUAUCGAUGGGGAGAGUGGUGACCUUUUGCUCGGACCGCAAUCAAGGUUUGUUAAAUGCAAUGGGGUUUGUGUUUCCCGGAUGGCCUCAUUCUUACUGUUAUUAUCACCUCAAACAGAAUUUGAUAUCAAAGUACCCGAAGUCAGGUUAUGGGAAACUGCUCCAAGACCGUGUUAUCAAUUUAUUUAGUAGAUGCGCAUAUGCUGUUACGGAGGAAGAGUUUAAGGUAGCAAUGGAGGAGUUGGUGAUUGUUGGGAGUUCGAAAGUGAAGGCAUUUAUAUCUGAUUUGUCUAGAGAUCACUAUGCCAACGCAUUUUUCAAAGGAAUGCGUUAUGGAGAGAUGGCAAACAGUUUAGCGGAGUCCUUUAAUAAUUGGGUUGGUGUGUUUCGAGAUUUUCCGGUGCUACCUUUGAUAGAAGGGAUUCGACAGAAAUUGAUGGUAUUGAAUUCUCAACGACGAAUUGAAGCGGAGAAGUGGACAACAGUUUUGUGUCCGGAGAUGAAAACUAGACCCUGUGAAAAUGCGGAGGCCGGUAGGACUUGGGCAGUUCGUCGUUCUAAUUGCACUGUUUUUGAAGUAUUUGCUGAUUAUUCUGUGAUGGUUGAUCUCGAGCAAAGGACUUGUUCUUGCCGUCUUUGGCAAAUUGACGGUUUUCCUUGCACACAUGCGGUGGCUGCAAUCCUAGCAAAGAGAGAUUCAGUUUAUGAUUACGUGGAGUGUUACUACAAAACCGACUUCUUUCGAAAAGCCUAUGAGAGUCCUAUUUUUUCUAUUCCAGAUAUUGGGAAAGGAUUGGGCAGCAAUGGUUCUGCAGCUGGAGUUGUGCUUCCGCCAAUUACAAAGGGGCCAGUCGGAAGACCACCAACAAAGAGGAUCAAAGUUUUUGGUGAAUUUAAAAGGCCAUUGAAAUGCAGUCGGUGCAGUGUUGCUGGGCACAAUAGGAAGACUUGCAAGGCUAUUAUAUGA